AUGUGUGAUAGUCUAGAGCUAAGUGCUGCGUCCUAUCAUGUGAUUGGAGACUGUGAUCCGAGCAGCUAUCCCCUUCAGAAGAAGUUCCACACUCCCGAAUUCCUCCGAAGCAUUCCGCACAUUCGCCCCCGUUCCAAUCUGCAGGGCGUUGUCAACCGUAUGCGAAACACGAUGAUCCAGUCCGUCCACCACACACUGCAGUCGAACGAUUUCAUCCAAGUCAUGACGCCAAUCAUGACAUCCAACGACUGUGAGGGAGCCGGCGAGCUGUUUUCGGUGGCCUUGGCGUCAUCCAAUCAAAUCGAUUUAAACGCUUUCUUCAAUUCGCGCGCGUUUCUCACCGUGUCGGGGCAGCUGCAGGCCGAAAUGAUGGCGCAUGCGAUGACGCGCGUGUACUCGUUCGCUCCGACGUUCCGUGCUGAGAACUCCAACACAUCGCGCCAUUUGUGCGAGUUUUGGAUGAUCGAGCCGGAGAUGUGUUUUGUGCAGCUCCCCGAUCUGAUGGACCUCGCGAAGAAAGUGAUUAUGGAUGUGGCGAAGAAUUUGGAGGGAAAACACGGCGAAGAUUUCCGAUUUUUGGAAAGCCGUGUGGACAAAACCGUACCGGAAUUGGUGCAAACUCUGCGUGAAGAAAAGAACUAUUGCCACCUGACGUACACGGAAGCCAUCGACAUUCUGACUCGCAAAGGACAAAAGUUCGAAGUUCCGGUGAAAUGGGGAAUCGACCUCCAAUCCGAACACGAACGCUAUUUGUGCGAGAAGUACUGUGGCAACAAGCCUCUCUUCUUGACGCACUAUCCGGCGGAGAUUAAGCCGUUCUAUAUGAAGGACAGCGGAGAUGGAAAGACGGUGGAGGCCAUGGACUUGCUCGUUCCGCGCGUUGUAUGUUUUGGGUGGAUUCGGAGUGACGUGCAGGGAGAAAUCGUGGGAGGAAGCAUGCGAGAAGAUCAGUACGACGUUCUGAAGCGCCGAAUGGAGGAAAAGGGAUUGUUGUCGGAAGAGGUGGAGAGUGGCAGGAGCACGAAGGCGCUGGAUUGGUACCUCGAUCUACGUCGAUACGGCUCGGUCCCUCACGGAGGUUGGGGAUUAGGGUUGGAACGCUUGAUUGAGACGUUUACGGGAGUUCAGAAUAUUCGCGAUGUGAUUCCAGUUCCGCGAGUUCCUGGAAGCUGUUUACUUUAG